AUGUUGAUGCGAUUUUUAGUUAAAACCAUACGGAUUUCUAAUGAAAUAGGCAAUAAAAACCAAUUAAUUAUCAAACGGUACGCCGGCCAUUCCAAAUGGUCUAAUAUAAAGCACAUAAAGGCAGCCAAAGAUGCCGAAAAAGCUAGGGUGUUUACCAGAAUAGGAAGACAAAUUAGGAUAGCAGUCUCAGAGGGUGGCUCGAUAGAUCCUUCGAAAAACCUGCAAUUAUCCCAAAUUAUCGAACAAUCGAAGAGGGCCAACAUGCCCGCAGCUACCAUACAAAACAUCUUGAAAAGCUGCGAGAACGAUAAAUCGCAACACAAAAAGCACAUACUGGAAAUAAAAGGCCCCGGAAGCUGCUUCAUCAUCUGCGAAGUAUUCACCAAUCAAUUGCACUUAACCAAGCAAACCAUCGCGACGAUAUUGAGAAAGAACCAAGCGAAAUACAGCGACGGAGGCGGGAUACAUCUCUUCGAAGAAAAGGGCACCAUCGACGCCGAGAACGCGUCUCUAGCCGGCAAAGAGGAGGCCGAAAUCCUCGAGCAAGCCACCGAUCACGCGAUUCUAUCGGGCGCCGAAGACGUUCAAAUAGCUGAGAACAAUUCUCUCCGAUUCACCUGCGGUAAAACGAACUUGAACCAAGUCGUGGGCCAGCUGGAGAAAUUGGGCUAUAAAGUAACCAACGCCGAAGUGAAUUACACUCCUUUGAAACUGCAAGCCCUGCAAGACGCCGAGCUGGAGGCUUGCCAGAAUUUGUACGAAAAGCUGGAGAGCGUGCCAGAAGUUACGAAACUUACAGACAAUAUAGCUUAG